UCCAAUGGCCAUCAAAUGAAGGAAAUAAUAAUAAUGAAAACUGCGCUGUAAUCGGCUACAAUUACUACAACGACAAAAGGAUUUAUAGCAGAGAGUGUGACACGAAAUCAUUCUCUGCGUGUCGGAUAAUAAACAGCAGCUCUGUAACCAUAGUACAGGAGAUGAUGACUUGGUCUGAGGCGAAGGACCACUGCAUGAAAAUCAAUCAGGAGCUGGCAACUUUUACAAAGGAGGAAAUGACGUUUUUCAGUGAGCAAAACUUUCCCAUCUGGAUCGGACUUCACAGGAAUGACAGCUCAUGGAAAUGGAGUUCAGGCCUCCAGGAGGACAAAUACUGGAAAUUAGAGCUGAGUGACAACAAGGACUGUGUGACCAUCACUUCAAAAACAAAGACGCUGGCUGCCGAAAACUGCCAGACCCUCCGUCCGUUCCUCUGCAUGAAGGAAAACGUGAUCCUGGUAAAGGAGAAUAAGAGCUGGGAGGAGGCGUUUGAGCACUGCCGAGGCCUGGGAUCCAACAGCAACCUUCGCUUCAAUCUGCUCAGCGUGAAGCCUGGAGAUGAACACAAAUAUGUGGUGAACAGAAUAAAGGAGGCUGACACCAACGAGGUUUGGACUGGUCUGCGUUUCCUGGGAGAUGAAUGGCUGUGGAUAAAUGGGAAAGAUGUGCUGUACUCUGACCUGCUGAAAUGCCCCCCCCAGGGGCGGCGCUGUGGGGCCAUAUCUAAGAGCAACAGCAGCACCGUGGCGGCCAGAGACUGCCAAGAGAGAAAAAACUUCCUCUGCUACAGCUACUAAUGUCACCAAAAUCAUGUAAAAGCCUGAGUGUCUCUGCAGCAAACAUCCUGCAGAAAUGU